CCCAGUGAGCGCCGAGUGGGAGGAGGUUCUGGACUCUUUAUUAGCUGGGCCGGACCUCCGGCCACAGACCUGUCCACCAUGAUGUUCUGCAGAGUUCUGCUGUGUUCAGCCGCUCUGGUUCUGCUGGUCGGUUCUGUGGAGUCGUCGUCUGGAGGAUCCACCGGCCCCCUCAGCUACGACCUGUCCGGUUCCGACCUGACCGACCUCUACAACAAGCGGGUUCACCUGGCGGAGGCGAUGCGGCGGCCGCUGGGAAACCUUCCUUUUACAUGUGGAGUCAUCAGCCACUGCGGCGUUCGAGUGACUCUGGCUGACCAAUCUCAGUGGUUGAUCCAUAAAGGAGGCGGAUACGGGAUUUUCUCUCAGACGGUGGUGACCGAUGCUUGACACAUGAGCUCCAGGUGGGAGGUCUACAAGUUCAAGGACUUCCGGGGAACCAAGACGGUCUCGGACCUUGUUGGAGCCGGAGGCCCGAACUACCGGCUGAUCGGGGACAACUGCCACAAUGCCUGUGACAACAUCAUGAAUCACUGAAUUUUCCAUCAUUUCUGAUAAUAAACAUGAAGCCUGAA